GCGGAGAGAGACAGAGCGGCCAGUGCACCAUCCCACGUGACUAGCAGAGGACCCAGAAUGUAAUGUAUCACAUUGCUGGAGCUGGCAUUCCACACCUGGUGUGACAUGUUAGGCAGCAUGGGGUGGUAAAAUCAGGGAUUAGUGGGAUGUCAGCAUUGAAGGGAGGAUGGUCUUAGAAGGGUGAGAGGGGGGCUAUAAUCAGAACUUAUAUAAAUCUGUAGCUGUAUUAUUCAUAUAGAUUAUCAUAUUGAUCACUGUAACUUGCCCAUUUAAAAACCAAACAAAAAAACCCUCUAAUUGGAAAUAAGCCCCCUCUCCCAAUAUAGACCAUUAAACCCAUUCUAAUGGAGAGGUAAGAAAAUACAAAUAUAACAAGAAGUUUGCUAGGAAAUAGAAAGUGAAAAUCCAUUUUCUUGUUAGAUGUCAUAUUAUUUAUUACGCUUUAUAAAACUGUUUAUUCGUGGGUAAGAAUUGAUCCGUGUUAUCUCGUUCUCUUUAAGUGUCAGUGACCCCAGCAGGUAGUAUGCAGUGGCACCCUGGAGAAUGGAGGAAGAUCAAAAAACCACAACAGGUUAGUUAAGUUUGGCGAACACAAUGUGAGCACUUUUGCUUGUGGGAGAGAGGAAAGGUUGUGCAACAUUGGCAAGGAAAGAGCAGGAAAAAAGGAACAGGGUUUUGAAAGUUUUUUUUUUUUUUUUCUACAAAAAUUGCUUCGGUGAAAUUGGCUAAUCGCUGCCCAUAGUCUUAACAAUUUUCAGUUCAACGAUGCCACGUCAAAAAAAAUCAUGCAUGUUGGAGCAGUCGUCAUUUGGGCAAGAAGAGCUCUACUAUAUGGUUGAGUUUCUUACAAAACAAAGAUAUGACAAUCUUCCAACAGGGACACGCUACACUAGCACAAUUAAAAGACGUAUUAUGGUAGCAUUGUCUAAUAGGUUGGAGCACAAAUGCGGAGUUAAGAGGAGCGUCCGUCAACUCCAAAAGCGCUGGUCGGACAUGAAGAGAAGGGAAGCUGAUUUUUUGCUGCAAGUGCAGAUGGACAUAAAUAGAAGUAAGUAUAGCCACUGUGUUUAUUUACAUCACAUGGAUUUUUUUAAAACAUACAUUUUUAUUCAAAUGUCUAAUUUUUUUUUUUUAUUCUUUAUUUUUGCUGUGCAUGAAAUAACAUUUGCAUGUCGACAAUGCCACAACAGCAUUCGCCAACAAUUUCAUAACACUUAUUUGUUAAUAGUUGUAUAGCAUUCUGAGAACGCACAAUUUUUUUUUUUUUAAUAUAAGUUGAUAAUACAAGCUAAGUACAUGCUCGAAACAGUUUCAAAGGUCUAUUUUAACUAUCUGAACCUGGUGGUGAAUAUUUCUGUUUAUUACUAUUACACUAACUAUCUCUUUUAAAUGAUCUUUAGCACCUCUUUCAAACCUAUCAGAUUUCCAUCAGUGAGAGCAUGCAAACCAUACAUACUUAGUUUAAUAUUGUAAUUUAAUGUUUUUGUUUAGUUUCUCUGAUAGGAUCCAGCUUUUAAAAGUUCCUUUCAGAUACUUCAGCAUUGUGCUCUCUAGAGAUUAUGUUUUGACUACUUUUAUUUAUUUUUUUGCAAAUUCACCAAUAGUUUUACAUAUUGUGAUAUGGAACAAUAAAAUAUAGUCUUCUAGGGCCAGUGCAAGCAGAGAACAAAUUGUUUGGUUUUUAAGUCAGUUUUUAAGAAGCCGUUUCAGCAACAGUGAAUAAUAGUCCAUAAUAGGGAAAUUGAUCUCCUUCUGCUGAACAUAUGGACAGUACCAAUUCCACUAUGCAGCAAACGCCUCUCAUGCCCGCCGAAAAAAAAUAUUUUUAUAGAAUUGUGCAGCAUAAGUCUUAUUCCUUUCAUUCUGAACAGUGACUUCCUUAUCAGUGUAUGAACAACCUUCAGACCCUGAGAGCACUGGAUGAACUAAACUGCCGCCAGCAAGACAGCCAGCAUUGGAUGAAGACGUUGCUUUGCUUAUAGCAGUUUUGAAACGUCCAGAACUUUCAGUGGCUUGGCAAUAAAUAAAUAUAUAUAUAUAUAUAUCUCUAUCUAUCCAGGAGGGCUGCUCUCACCUGAACAUGCAUAGAUUAUAGGGUGUUUCUAGGGCCAAAAUAUACAAAAUACACAAUCCAUCGCACUCGCUUAUUCACUAAACAAUUUUUAAAUCUUAGAGAUUGUAAUAGUUUUAUUUUAAAACACCUCACCUAGGCAAAAAAUAACGGGGGCUUAGUUACAUUAUAUGAUCAUACAUUGCAUAAGCCUGCCACAACGUCAAUGUACCCCAUUCUUGGCAGGUCCUACUCUAGCAGCCUAAUGCCUGCCCUUAUGAGAUCAGUCCACUUACUUGGGAAAUACUUCCUUACUUGGACUCCCCCAUUAUUUUUUGCCUAGGUGAGAUGUUUUUAAAUCAAAGGUGAGGUGUUUUAAAAUAAAACUAUUACAAUCUGUAAGAUUUAAAAAUCAUUGUUUAGUGAAUAAGCGAGUGCGCUGGAUUGUUUAUUUUGUAUGUGUGUGUAAGAUAGAAAAAAUGAGAGCACUCAAUGGAUUUUGUCCAAGAAGUAAAUCGUGUUGUAUUAAAAAAAUCAACGGAGAAGCCACAGCUUGAAAAGGAAUACAUAUGUUAUGUUUAAAGCUUAAAGGAACAUAUGUAUUCCUUUUUAGGUGGCUGAUCAAGCUGUGGCUUCUCAGUCUUCCUGGCCAAGAUGAUCAAGAUUGAUGAAUUCAGCCAAUCAAAUUCUUCUCCGUAUGGGAGCAUUGGAAGGCUAGUGAACAUGCGCAGCAUUUGAUUGAGAAAUGACUUUGAUUAGGUUCUCAUGGCGGAAGCGCCUUUUAGUGAUAACCACCAGAAGAAUAUUUAACCAUGCAAUGGAAGCUUUGCGGUUUCUAGAAAACUAAAAAAAUGUUUAUAUUGCAGAAUUAACAUGACAGGACCACUGCUCCCAGACACUUCAUUGGUCCUUUAAACAUACAUUUACAAGUUCUUAGAGUGCAAUGUUACAGAUUCAUGCUAUAAAUUGUAUAUCGCUCACAAAUAUUUACAUUUGUAGAGAGAAAUCACAAGGACGUAGAAGAAUUAGCUACAGUUACAGCUACAGAAGGGAAUGUGAUAGAAGCAGCAGGAAUGACUGAUUACACUGAUGUGGAAGCUGUAGCCUUUGAACAGCCUGAUGUUACGAUCACCAUAAUCCCAAAGGAUGAAGAGCCAGAUACAGUGAUGCUUGAUGACUUUGCUCCUCAUGAACACUUGCAGGCAGCAUACAAGGUAGAUGAACAUGUUCAGGAAGAGUAUUGUGCUGCAAAAGUUGCCCAACACGAGGAGGAAGGGACAGCAAUUGCAGUACAAGGUCUUGUUGAAGAGUACAAACAAAGUUCCCCCUGUACUUGUGGAACCCUCCAAAAAAUUUAUAAAGAGUUGGUUCAACAGGGCCAAAGACUCCGGAACCUGGAAGAGAAAGUGAAUCUGCUUCUACUUAAGUAAUGCCCAUUACCAUUGACUUUCAGGAUUAUAUACUAAAGAGAAAAUUCAAAGCGAAUUUCAAAUUUAAGGCCAAAGUAGACGAACUGGAAGUAUAAGAAAUCAAAUUAGGAUCAGCGCUAAUAAUUUCACAAAUAAAGGUAUAUAGAGUGGUGUAAAGGCCGCACACCUAAAAGGGGAAGUACCCUCCUAUCCCCUACAAUAAAUUAGAACAUAAAAAACAAAGAGGGCGCGCCUUUAAUACAGUUGGUAUCAAAAAGAAUAUACACAAUAAUAUAUAAUAAAAGACAAGUAAAAAUGUAAAUAUUAAAAGUCCAAAAUAAUAAUCCACAGCCAGUAGAGUAGAUUCUUGUAGAUCAGUGGUGGUUUAUAUUUUCCAAUGGAGAUUUGUAUUUUCAAUAGGCCAUAUGUGGAGAGAAAUUAAGAGGAUCCAAUAGUGCAGUAUGUAUAUAUAUAUAUAUAUAUAUAUAUAUAUAUAUAUAUAUUUUAUAAAAUAAUAUAAUGUACUCACACUUUCCAGAGCUAAAAUCCAGCUCUGGUAUGAAGUGCGUAAAGUGGAAUGAUCCCCACUCAAGGAUAUAUGGAGUAGUAAUUCCUCAGGAGUUCCAACCGAGAAUAAAAAAGAAUAAAAUAUAUAGUGCUCACUGAAUAACUGGAGUGUAGAUAAAAAAAAAAAAAUAUGAAAUGUACUCACAAUCUACUGAGCAGACUUCCUGCUCAGUUAAUAGCGUAUGGGUGGUAUAAUCCCCACCUAGGGAUUCUUUGACAUUCCUUAAAACGGUGUAAAUCCAAAUAGUCAGGUUUAAGAGGAUUAAAAAUAUAAAAUGUAAUAAUAUUAGGAAUGUGGCUACAACAAGUGUAUUUUUGAGGCCAAAAUUCCUUUAUUACAAUAAUAUAAAACAAAUAAAAUAAGAUUCUAAACGCGUUUCGCCACAAUAGGCUUCUUCAAGUAGAAUAAUUCUCUCCACAUAUGGCCUAUUGAAAAUACAAGUCUCCAUUGGAAAAUAUAAACCACCACUGAUCUACAAGAAUCUACUCUAUUGGCUGUGGAUUAUUAUUUUGGACUUUUAAUAUUUACAUUUUUACUUGUCUUUUAUUAUAUAUUAUUGUGUAUAUUCUUUUUGAUACCAACUUGUUUUUUAUGAACUGGAAGUAUAGUUGAUUUUUUUUUUUUUUCAGUUUGGCUGUUUUGACCUUAAAUUUGAAGUUCUCUUUGAAUUCUCAACAUAAACCUUGUUUACAUUUUGCUAUUGCACAUCGUCAUUGUUCUCACACUGUCACUUUAAUUAUUUUUUUUACCCAUAAUGUAAAUGUUUCUUAUUUAUUUUUCUUGCAUAAGCGCAGUCAAAAAGCUGCAAUGACUCUGAUUUGCGGCAAAUGCAGGAACUUCAGAGUAUCUUUGUGUGUGUGUGUGUGUGUGUGUGUGUGUAUAUAUAUAUAUAUAUAUAUAUCUGUAAUGCAUUAAAGCAUAAUGGUAACUUUUUAAGAUAUGACAGCUCCUUGUUCGUUUACCCCACUAAACAUUAUUGCUGCAUUUAUUAGAGUGAAUAAAGCAGUGGAGGUAAAUGUAACAAAACAAAAAAACAACAACUUAUCUCUGCUGCACUUUGAUGUUCUUAGCGAAUAUUCCACCCCACGUUGCCUCAAGCAUGCUCGGACAUCUACUGAGAAAUUAUUUAUGAGAAUGAGAACACACACCUAGUGCUUUCUCCAACAGUGAUGUGGUAGUGCAUGAGCCAUCUUAGUUAAAGGGACAUUGAAGGCACCAUACCUGCUUAAUCUCAUUGAAGUGGUUAUAGUGCCUGGAGUCCACUGGCGUUAUCCUACCAUUCACUGUUAAACCGAUUUUAAUGUUAUAUGUGUCCUCCUUGGACUGCUCUGGCUAAUGAGGAUGGAUUUGCCUGAGCAGCAGUGAUCAUCUGUGAUUGGCUGAGAGUAUCAGCAGACUGCUUUCAGCGUAUCACAGUGCCCAUUGCUGGUAUGAAUGGGUAUGGUUAGAAGGAAGAGUAUAAUCACUGCCAUAGCUAUACCUCCAGUGGGGGUGGGGCUAUGGUAAGCCAAGCACCCUUGUUAAUUUUUAAAGCUGGUCAAAAAUGAUUUAGCACUGAAUGGAGAGACAGUGCCAGAGAACUCCAGAUACUAUACCAAUUCAGUGAUAUGAAAUGGUUAUAAUGUCUACAGUGUUCCUUUUAAUUUGCGUGUUUUACCUGGUCUGCUAGGCAAAGCAUAUAAAUUAAAAUCUAGAAAAACAAACAAAAAAAGUUAGCAAAAACGAUAGCCAAGUUUUAGUUUUACAUGAUUUUGUUGUGCUAAAAUCUCAAGUGACAGUUCCUCAAAACUGAGAGGACUAGACCUGUAGCCUUUUUUAUAUAAAUACAAUACAUUGAGAAAGCAGUAUUUCCCUUUAAACUAAUUUAUUUGUAAAUUUGAGUAGUGUUUUUUUUUUUUGUAAGCACUGUCACUCAUGGUCACAUUUACAGAUGAUAAAUCAUAUGCUUUUUAUGUAAAACACUAAAAUUUAGAAAUAGUAAACACUAUUAAAAAUAGAAAUGUUUCUAUCCCUCCCAAGACGUUAAAGCGGCACUGUCGUUCCCCCUUCUCUCUCCCACCCACCCCUAUCCCGUGCAAAAUAAGAUUUCAUAAAUAUAAAACCUAUAUGAAAUACUCAUACUAACUGUUUUGGAAUUUCACUGAAAUUCCAACCCAUUCAAAAGAUAUGAGACAAGACAAAGUAGGGACUAGUACUUGGCAUAUUUCCUAAGGCUUAGACUUCUAACAAUAGGCGGAGCUACCGCAAGUCUAAAAGUGUCAAUCUGCCAGCUGUCACCAGUUGUAUCUGCUGUAUAAAUAUUGAGCAGCGGAAUCCUCCAGCGACCUCAAUGCUGUGAUCCUCUGCAUACGCGAAAGCACGGGAGUAAACUCUGCUCCUGGUGAGCAGAAGAGGACUGGCCAGAAGAAAAUGGCAAUGCCUACAAAGGACAGUUUCAAGUAAGUAAAUCUCAUGUUUCCUUGCCCCCCAGUCCCUGGACCACCAGCAGCCAUGUCACCAUCGGAAACCUUUGCAAAUUAUGAAAGGCUCCUAAUGGUGACAGUGCCGCCUUAAUAUACAAUGCAAUAAAAUGAAUAGGAAAUAUGAAAAAUUUUGGACCUGGAAGGCAAGCAAGAGUAUCUGCGACCAGAAUUUCAAGUUUUGAUUUAGAAAACAGAACUGUUCUUUACAGAUAUCCCGAUUAGAGAAUUAUUUUAAUUCUUUGCAUUAAACCACAUGUGUACACCUGACAGUCCGUUAAAAAAGAUCUUUUGUAUAUCUUUUAUAUAUAUAUAUAUGUUGUACAUUAUUAAAUUGGAUGCACAUAAUGUGUCAUUGUGUAAGUUUCAUGAGUUCUGUUAAUUCAAGCAAACUAGAUGACCCUUUCAGUUCCCCUUCUCAGUGGGGUUAUAGUCAUUUAUCAUCAUUGGCAUCAGAAGAAGGUGCAGUCGGUGGACCUGGG